AUGGCUCAGUACGUAAGCGAGACAGGGACGACCGAGUAUAAUGUAAACAAUAGUAAUUCUUACUACGCCGAACAACCGCAGGAUGCUAUUAAUGCGGUUAAUGGAACUACCGCUACUAAUACUGCAACUUUGCCAGCGGAUAGCAAAGGCCAAAUAUAUGACAGUAAUGCAGUGGGGUAUAAUAGCUAUGAUGCGUCUCACUAUAAUGGUCAGGAUUAUUCUCAGUAUUAUAACCAUGAUUAUUUGCAACAACAACAACAGUAUUACGAUCCAAAUCAACAGCAGCACGGGCAAGGCACUUACGAUUCUUCGUAUGGCUAUUAUUACGGCCAGAAUUAUGAUCCUAAUCAAUCGUAUGAUCCUUCAUUCUAUUCCAAUGAUCCCAAUAAUGUAUAUUAUUCGCAUGCUCAAGACGCGACCACAUUGAACGGUCAACAACAGCAGCCGCUUCCGACAUAUCAAGCAGCCAACACCACCGAGCAUCAGCAACAGCAAGAGACCGCACCAAGUGAUUCGGUAGCACAUACCGAUCCCAUCGCGUUUUUUGAUUCUUUGUCUAGCAAUUCUAUUGGAUUAACCGAGAAAGAUCCUAAUGCUCCCGAGGAUCAGAAUGUUCAACAACAAACUAAUAAUAAUAAUUUAGGAUAUGAUGCUUCCCAAUAUUCUACUUAUUACGACCAGACAGCUUAUGAUCCUAGGUUAUACCAGAAUGAUGCGUCUGCUUAUUAUAAUUAUUUGUCCGGAUCAUCUGAUCAAAUCUAUCAAGAUCUUCAAUAUUAUCCUACAGUAACUGCGGAGGGACAACAACAACAGCAGUCUAUAAUAGCGAAUAAUGAAAAUUUAAAUGGAAUAGCAAACCAAGAGCUUGAUCCUGAAUCGAUUUUUGAUGCAAUAGGGAAUAAAACAAUAGAGGCUACACAAAAAAAAUCGGACACAGGAGAUUUACAACUAAAAAAUUCUGCUAAUGAAAAAUCUGCUGAAGACGAUAAUAAAUUGAAUAUAAAUUAUAAGUCGGUGGAAUCUGAUUUGACAAAAUCCGAAGAAUUAGUUAAUACAGUAACUGAGUUAAAUAUAAAUUCUAAUUUGCAAAAUCUCAAUGCAGGUGACAUUGAGCAACAUAAAUCUGAUGAUAUAACUCAGAGUUCUGAUCUCACUCGGUCUACUAAUGAUCAUUCUUAUAAAGAACAAGAUCCUGAAAUAAUUGAUGCUUCUUCGAACUUGACAAAAACUCGAGAUAAUGAAGCUGUGGAUGUUAAAAAUAAUGAAAUAUCAAAGUCCACAGGGAACAUCUCAGCUCAAAAAGAAGAAAUAUCUAGAGAAAAUUUAGUGGAUGGUAACCCUGUAACAACAAUAUCUCAGGAAAACUCUUCAGAAAUUACUACAUCAAUAGUCAAAGAAGAAAAAAGUGAAGAGAUUUCAAAUGCAUCUUAUGUGAAUGACCUCAAGGAUACAUCCACAACCACGUCCACUACUGUUUCUCUUACAAAAACCGAUGAGGCUUUACUAAUGUCUGAUGGUAAAAAUAUUUUAGGUGACAAUAUUAACAAUAAUAACAGUGACACAAUAAGUAAAGUGGCUGCUGACUCGCAAGAAAAUGCAGAAUUAUAUUUUGGCGAAACUAAUAAAGGAGUUGGUCUUCUUGAUGGGGAUGAUCAAGAUUUAUUUCAAAAUACACCCGCUACUAAUAAUCCUUAUUAUUCUGAUUAUAGUUAUUAUAAUGGACAAGGUUGGGAGCAACAAGUGUAUGAAGGAGAUCAUCUAAAUUAUGAUGCUUACAGGACUCAAUAUCAUCAACAACAAGAAAAUAGUACAAACGGAAAUGAUGGUCAAAUUUUUGAUAAUUCAUGGGCGAAGAAUCAAAAUGUUGACUCUAAUCAGAUAAAAGAAACAUCAUCUCAUCCACCUGUACUGUCACUAGAAACACAAACAUUAUCUACCGUCUACCAACUAUCAGAUUCACCUGUGAGUACGGUUAUUUGUCCAGAUCCUAAUUGUCGUGGUGAAAAUAAGUCGAAUGCUAAAUUUUGUUGUGAAUGUGGUCGGCCUAUGGAUAAUAAUUCUUCGAGAUUGGAUACGCCAACCAUCAACGUCUCUGAAGUUCCAUACUCUCAAGAAAACUACAAUCCCCAAACAGAAAGUUUACAUGAUUAUUAUGCAAAUACACAAACUGUCACCACAUCACCAAAUCCGUAUAUGCAACCUCAUGUUGGAUAUUCUACAGAAAUUAACCAAAUAAAUGGAGGUUUUGAUUCUCAACAAAAUUACUAUGAGCACAAUCAAUCUUAUAGUAAUGACACAGUCAUUGAUCCUCUUCAAAGAUCUAGAGGCUGUCCUGUGAUAGCUUUUGGCUUCGGCGGACAUAUUUUUACCAUGUUUCCUCGUACAGUCCAACGCUUUACGAGCACGGAUCAAAGCAUUCCAAUUACUAAAUCUGCACCAGGUGCAUUCAUUAUACGGACACUUAAAGAUAUCAUUCCAUUGUCCAAACUUGAAAAUUUCCCUGGUCCCUUGUUAAUGGAUAAUAAUAAAGGUGGCGUGAAAGCAAAACGAAAAGAAAUAUUAAAGUAUCUAGAUCUUCGUUUGAGCGAAAAGCAAAACCAACUGGUAUCGCACGAGGUUUCCGAUAUCGAGAAAGAAAAUACUGAAGUUUCUACUAUAUGGAAAUUACUUAAAGUAAUGAUUGAAAAUGACGGACAUCUUAUCGGAAAUACCAAGGUUGAAGAAGCCGUACGUAAUGUAUUGAUACCAUCAUCUUCAAGUAACAAUAAUACGGAUGAAUCGACCGCUGAGUUUACGAUUCCUGCCGACUCGGGAUAUAAUACUCGAGAGAUGGCUGAACCCAUCCGUUCACAAUCUACAUCUUCUAUUACAUACUCUGUAAAUUCAAGUUCUAUUGAUAAAUUACAAGAAUUAUUGUUAAAGGGUGAUCGCGUUUCAGCUGUUCAGCUGGCGAUGCGAAACAAUCUUUGGUCGCAUGCAUUAAUAAUUGCAAGUUGUGUUAACAAGGAUUUAUGGAAGGAAGUUGUAAGUGAGUUUGUUAGGCAGGAACUUGGUGCUGAAGUAUGCGAACCUAACCAAUCCAACGGGAGAGAGAGUCUAAGAGUGCUCUACUCUUUGCUUUCUGGACAGGGACAAAAUGCCAUCGAUCAAUUUUUACCACAAGCAUCAUUAUUAAAUCGAGCUGUACCUCCGUCCAAUAUAACAUCAACGACGUAUUCGUCACUGAUGAGUCCCUCCCAAAUCAUUCCUCCCACAAAUAUUAUAUCUAAUGGUGUUAACUAUACACCAUCAAAAUACGGAGAUAUCCCCAUUCAGAGUUUAACAAAAUGGCGCGAAACUGUCGCUAUGGUCUUAGCGAAUCGAGCACCAGGUGAUAGUCAAGUUAUUACAGCAUUAGGAGAUACUCUAAAGAAUUACGGUUGGAUUUUUGCCUCUCAUAUCUGCUAUCUUCUAUCGCCACAAACAUCCAUACACUCGGGUAUUGACUCGCCCAAUUCACGAUUUAGCCUGAUUGGCAAUGAUUAUCUUAAUAGCUCUUUCACGGGAUAUUUUCGUGAUUCGGAUACACUUCAUUUAACCGAAAUCUAUGAAUUUGGGUUGACAUUAAAUAAAAAUAAUGAUGGAGGUCUACCGUUCUUACAGGCCUACAAACUUAUUCAUGCAUGGUGGUUAGUUGAUUGUGGCUACGUGAAUGAAGCGCGAAGAUAUUGUGAAUCAAUAGCAAAUAUAGUUAAAAUAUAUACCAAGGGUUCGCCAUAUUUUCACAAGUGCUUCUUGAGACAAUUGAAGGAAUUAACACAACGUUUGCUUGAGCAUGGUGAUAAUGUUCCAGGUAACAAUAAUGAAUCUUCCUCAUGGACUUUUGCCAAGAAAAUGUCCAAACCAACAUUAGAUUCUCUAUGGGGAUCAUUAGAAGGAAAAUUCAAUCAAUUUAUUGCAGGAGAUACUGCAGAAGAAGGUGAAAAGAAACCAUCCUCCUCCAUCCACUCCCAAGAUACCGUCGGUCCAUUUUCUCACUUUAGUUCCAUUACUCAACCUACGAAUUCAGUCGGUGUACCUACACGUAGUGCAUCUGCUGCUGAAUUCCGACCACAUAUUGAUACAGGAUUUGAUACAAGACGUUCUGCCACGCCAAAUGCAAUGCCUCAAAGAUACAUCACCGCUCAACAACGUCGAUCUUCGACUCCUGGUGCGGGAAUGCGUGCGGUAAAUCCUGUUCAAGGGUACAAUGGUUUCAGUCCUACAAACUCUGAAGGUCAAGUGCCCAUGACUCCCGUUCCGGAAGGGGAUGGUACUUUUCAGCAACAACAACCAUCCCAAUCCACACAACAUGGGUACAAUUUCUAUCAACCUUCUUAUGAUGCUAGUUCGAAUUAUAACAGCUCGCCUUGGUGGAACAAUAACACCACAACGGAAGAAAAUGGUGUUACAGAAGAACAGCAAUCAGCUAAUUACGGUUCUGGAGAAUUUAUAUCCCCAAUGGGCAAUAUAGCUUCAUUUGUACCAACAGCUACUUCUAAUUCUGUGCCAUCGAAUAACAAUACUACCAGUAACUGGCAAGACGAAGAAGACGAUUUAGGUCUUGGAAAUAAUGCGUUUGGCGCAAAGAAGAAAUCACGAGACGAGACGAAAUCAUCGGAGAAAGAUAACGAUAACAAUGAUAACACUGCUACAGCUUCAACUCGAGAUGAUAAAGCAGCUGUACAAAACACCGAAGAAAAAAAAGAUGAUAAGAAAGCAGGAGGAGGCGGUUGGUUUGGAAGAUGGUUUGCCAAAAAAGAAACUACUACUGGUGGCGGAAAAAAUGCAAAUCUGGGAGAAGAAAACAGCUUUUAUUAUGAUCCAGCGCAGAAAAGAUGGAUCAAUAAAAAUGCUGCUCCUGACACAACCCCUGCUAACGUGGCACCCCCGCCGCCUCCUUCUCGGGAAAAGUCUACAUCACCAACACACUCGGCUGCAUUAAUACCUCCUUCUAAUCGAGCUUCUUUACCACAGUCUACCGGAAGUAGCCAAGUCAUGAGCCCUCCGCCUAUGGCAACUACAAAUGGUGUACUCACCCCUCCACCGCCUUCUAGUAACGCUGGACGUCGAUCUACUACAAGCUCGAAACGACAUCGACCACGAUACGUGGAUAUUAUGAAUCAGCCACCAUCUAACUAG